AUGCACUCCCCGCGCCGAUCCUGUGGCAGUUCGUCAAAGCACGCAGCGAUUAGUAGAAGCAGGCGAGCUCGUUCUGCGAGGUCCGAGCGCUCGGAGCUGUACAACGAGCAACGGCACGGCAUUCUGCUGCCAAUGAGCAUCGAGGGGCCUGCUGUCCGGCUCAGCCUCUGUGCGCCGGAAUGCCAACAAAACUUUGAAGUCCGACACGAGACGCAUGACAGCCAUGUGGACGUGUAG